AUGCCUUCAAUGGCUCCGUACAGAAAUGACACCAACAGUGUUCUGCAGCAGAUCGUCACGUCGUCGUCCGACGCGGACACGUUGGAUCAACUAAUCCCGUACAUCAAAGACUACAGCUACGGCAACAAGACGUCGCAUCUCCUGAGCCAACUAUCGGACCUGGCGGCGGAGCGCGAAGCCGAGAUCGAACGACAAUGCAACACCAACCACCAAGAAUUUGUGAAGUCGGUCAACCAGCUGCUACGGAUCCGCGAGGGCACGGUGACGCUGACCAACGAGAUCCUGGAGCUGAACCAGUCGAUCCAAGCCAGCACCGAGCAGCUGGUGGAGCAGAAGAAAGCGCUCGUCGAGUCGCGCGGGGUGAGGCAGAACAUCGACGACGCCAGCCAUGCGUUGCAGGACUGUCUGGAGGUGCUCCGGCUCGCCAACCAGGUGCAAGAACUGCGCGACCAGAAGAAGCACUACGCGGCGCUGCGGGCGCUGGACGAACUGCAGAGCGUGCACCUGCAGAGCGUGACGCAGUACCAGUUGAGCGAACUGAUCCAGAAAUCCGUGCCGGCCACGCAAAAGGCCAUCGCCGAGGCCGUCAUGGCCGACCUGAACACGUGGCUGUUCCGCGUGCGCGAGAUGUCGCAGUACCUGGGCGAGCUGUCGUUCUACCACACGGAGCUGCGCAAGCAGCGGCUCAAGGAGCGGGCCGAGAAGGAUCCGUACCUGGCCAACUUCAAGCUCAACUCGGCCAUCGAGCUGGUGGGCGACGAGCAUGAAGAGUUCGACCUGCUCAAGAGCGAGGAUCUCGAAGUCGACUUCUCGCCGCUGUUCGAGGCCCUGCACAUCCACCGCUCGCUGGGCCAGAUGGACAAGUUCAAGGCCGACUACACCACCAGCCGCCGCGCACAGCGCGACCUGCUCCUGCAGAACUCGAUCUCGCUGGUCGACGAAGAGCUGGGCGACCUCCACACACUGCUGGAAGACAUUGCGGGCUUCGCCAUCAUGGAGCGCGCGACCAUGAAAAAAGUGCCCGACCUGCGGUCCACGACCGACGUCGAAGAACUGUGGGACUCGUUGUGCCAGACGGCCAUCUCGCUCAUGUCCAAGGCGCUGCUGGCGGUGGACAAUGCCGAACACCUGCUGAAGAUCAAGAACCUGAUUUCGGUUUUCAUCCAGACCAUGAACACCUUCCACUUCAACACGGCGGCCAUGUCGAACUUCGUGCUGGUGCUGUUCGACAAGUACGCCGAGCUGCUCAAGCAGCGGUUCAGCGAGGAUUUCAUCGAGAUCGUCGGCACCGACGACUACAUGCCCAUGCCGAUCCAGAACGCCGAGGAGUUUGAAAAGGUCGUCAACGUCUCAUGGUACACGCCGGACCGCCCCGUGCACGAAAUGACCUUCCCCACCGUCUUCCCCUUCUCGCAGAUGUAUCCGCUGUGCUGCAUCGACAUCCGCAACUUCGUCAACCAGUUCUACUUCUUCGCCGCCCAGGACGACAACAGCCCCAGCCCCCUGUCCGGCAAGAUCGACGCCGAGCUGCUCACCUCGCUCGACGACCUCUUGACCACCAAAGUGUGCGCCAGCCUGGUCUCGAAGCUGUCGUCGCAGUAUCUGGGCCAGAUCGUGCAGAUCCUGAUCAACCUCUCGCACUUCACCACGGCCUGCCACGAGCUGGAGACCCUCCUUGCCACGGCGCGGUCGUCGUCGUCGCCAUCGACCGACCCGGGCCCGGCCAUCUCGUUGCGCGCCACCUCGCAGUUCUCGUUGCACCAGAAGACGGCCGAGAACCGCAUCUUCGAGCUGGUCAACAGCAAGGUCACCGACCUGAUCGAGACGGCCGAGUACGACUGGCUGAGCCGCGACCUGCCGGUCGAGCCGUCCAACUACAUCCUGACGGUGACGCGGUAUCUGUCCAACAUCAUCAACUCGGUGCUGCUGUCGCUGCCGUCGUCGCUGAAGGACCUGAUGCUGUUCAACGCCGUCUCGCACACCGCCAGCUCCAUCCUGGCCCUGCCGCUGUCGCCCAGCGUCGACCGCAUCACCACCACCGCCAUCGCCCAGCUGUCCAUGGACAUUGACCAUUUCCGCAGCUACGUCGAGACCCUCCCCAACAAUUCCAUCCUGCUCGAGUCGCUGGAUGAGCUGGUCCAGACCGUCGCCCUGAUGGCCACCGACCAGCCCGACGAGUUUUAUGAUAUCUCGCUGCGCAACAAGAAAUACCGCAACGUCGACCCGCUCAAGGGGCCCCAGCUGCUCGAGAAGGUCGUCCAUGUCAACGUCCAUGUCCAGUCUCCCGUGUCCGGUAGUGGCCACGGCCACGAUCGCGGCGGAAGCAUGAAUGGUGGUGGGGGAAUGCAGAGUCCGAGUCUCAGUCAUCAUGGUAGCACCGGUGGGAGGACACCCAACACUUUUGCCGCGUUGCAGAAUCGCUUUAUGCAUGGAGGAAGAUGA